CUCAGUCCAUUUAGCCCAGUUUUAAAUACGACAAAAUAUAUCCAAAAUUCUUACUCGCACCCAAGUCAGACUGACAUCACCAUCGCCGCAAAUCACCAUGCCUACCGUGAGCGUAGGCAGAGAUCGCCUUUUUCAAGCCCUAGGCCGCACCUACACUGAAGAAGAGUUCGAGGAUUUGUGCUUCAAGUUCGGCAUUGAGCUCGAUGAUGUGACGACGGAAAAGGCAAUUAUACGAAAAGAGAGGCAUUUGGAAGAAGAAGAACCAUCCGAAGAUGAGGAAGUAAUAUACAAAAUUGAAGUUCCAGCCAAUAGAUAUGAUUUGCUUUGUCUUGAGGGGUUGGCACAAGCCCUACGCAUAUUUAAUGGACUUGAUCCAGUACCUACCUAUAAUGUGGCAAGCAUCAAUAAAGAAUCAAUGCUCAAAAUGCACGUGAAGGCAGAGACGGCAAAAGUUCGCCCAUAUGUAGUUUGUGCUGUUUUAAGAGGUAUUACAUUUGAUGAAGUUAGAUAUAAUAGCUUCAUUGAUCUUCAAGAUCGGCUUCAUCAGAAUAUCUGUCGGCGAAGAACCCUUGUUGCUAUUGGUACACAUGAUUUGGAUACAAUUGAAAGCCCUUUCACAUAUGAGGCGUUGCCGCCCCCACAAAUAAACUUUGUUCCACUGAAACAGACAAAGAACUUCAAGGCUGAUGAGCUAAUGGAAUUUUACAAGUCAGAUUUGAAACUGAAGAAAUACUUGCAUAUAAUUGAGAAUUCGCCAGUAUUCCCAGUCAUAUAUGAUCGCAACAGAACUGUUUUGUCUUUGCCUCCAAUUAUUAAUGGUGCGCAUUCUGCGAUUAGUUUGAAGACAAAGAAUGUCUUUAUUGAAUGCACUGCCACGGAUUUGACAAAAGCCAAUAUCGUUUUGAACACAAUGGUAACCAUGUUUUCAGUCUAUUGUGAAAGAAAGUUUGAGGUUGAGCCAGUUCAAGUGAUAUACCCCGACGGAAAAUCAUACAUUUGCCCUGAUCUGUCACUCUACCUGAUGGCCGUGCCCUUAUCUUAUAUUACUAGUGCAGUUGGAGUCCCCCUACCAGCACAUGAGGUUGCUCGUUUGUUGAAUAAAAUGCAAUUAUAUGCGAAGCACUCUGUAUCAGAAAAGAGUGAAACCAGCUUCACUAUAUCUGUUCCUCCAACAAGAAGUGAUAUUCUUCAUCCUUGCGAUGUUGCUGAGGACGUAGCAAUUGCUUAUGGCUACAAUGAAAUUCCAAAGAUAAAAUUUCCAUCCUUGAAGCCACAGCCUUUGAAUCAGUUUAGUGAUCUUAUUCGAGCAGAGAUUGCCAUGGUUGGUUAUACAGAGGUGUUAACAUGGAUAUUAUGCUCAUAUAAAGAAAACUUCACCAUGCUUAACCGAGAAGAUGACAAAUCAACCGCAGCAAUUAAUGGAAACCCCCGUUCUGCUGAUUUUGAGGUUGUCCGCACUAGUCUUAUGCCUGGCAUAUUGAAAACUGUUGGGCACAAUAAAGACCAUCCGAAACCAAUUAAAAUUUUUGAAGUGGGUGAUGUGGUGCUUUUAAACGAGACAAAAGAUGUUGGUGCAUCAAAUCGUCGCCAUCUUGCAGCUUUAUAUUGUGGAGCUACCUCUGGAUUUGAGCUGAUACAUGGUCUUGUAGAUCGAAUCAUGGAAGUGACAGGAGUUCCAUUUGUGUCGCCUGGGAAUAAUACAGGCUACUACAUACAAAGUUCAGAUGAGCCCGAGUUUCUUCCUGGGAGACAAGCAAGCAUCAUUUACAAAGGAAAGGAAAUUGGCACAUUUGGGAUUGUGCACCCACAGGUGUUGGAUAACUUCGACAUUCCGGACCCUUGCUCCUUUGUCGAAGUCAACAUUGAAAGCUUUCUGUAAAGCAUCAACAAUUGCAUUCCUGUAGCAAAAGGGAAUUUGGAAAAUCAUUAUAUUUCAUUUCUUUAGUUGUAUCUUUUACUUUAAAUCAUUUCUUUUGAAUAGAAGAAAUCAAGAAUCACCAGUUACAAAAAUGGCUGAAGUAUGUUCGUAUCGGCUUCAUGCCAGGUUUGAGCUACUGUGACCUUGCUUCAGCUCUA